AUGAGUGAUGACGAUUCGAAUCAAGUUAUUCUUGCAAUCACAAAAGUUGGAUGCAUGAUUGCUUUUUUUAUGUUAAUUCUUAUAGUAGGGAGUCUCCCAAUAAGACUCAAAGCAUUCAAAUCAAAUAAGGUACAAAUAAAUCAUGAAAAGCUCAGAAACUUUUAGCAUAUAUGGGAGCAUUUUCUGGAGGUCUAUUUCUUGCAGUAGGUUUAGUUCAUUUGUUACCAGAGGCAGCAGAUAAUUUUGAAUAGUCUUUUGAUGAUGAUGAAGAACAUUUUCCAUUCGCUUAUGCAAUAUCAAUAUUAAGUUUUGCACUAAUACUUUUUAUUGAAAAAAUAAUAACAGAUCAUCAUCAUAAUCAUGGACAUGAUGAAGAACAUCACCAUCAUGAUAGCAAUUCAAAAAAUACAUAGGUUUAAGAUUAAAAUCAACUUUUUGUGAAUGGAAGUGUAGAUACAGAAGCACUUUUAGAAAAAAAGAAUACUGAAGAUACAUUUAAGGAUGCUCUAAAUACAUAGGUAUUAAAAUUCUUAAAUUUGUUAGUUAAUUGUAGCAAAGAAAGCAUCAUUUGUAUAAAUGGUGAAAAAAUCAAUAGCAUAAGAUCCAAAAAAUUCAAUGGUUUAUUAGGAUGUAAAUACUUGGGCCCCUUACAUCUUAUAGAUUGCAAUUGGCAUACAUGCUGUUUUUGAAGGAUUAUCAAUAGGUAUACAGGAAGAGGUUUCUUUGUGUAUAGGUAUAGCAUUAGUAGUUUGUUGUCAUAAAUGGGUAAUCAACAAUAUGAUUAUAGGCUGAAGGAAUGACAUUGGGUCUUGCCUUUAGAAAAGCAGGAGUUAAUAAGACUACUUCUACCUACAUGAUAUUGAUUUAAUCUAUAAUGAAUCCAAUUGGAAUAGGAAUUGGAUGGAUUAUGGCAGAUAAAGGGCCAUUGUAUACUGGCAUAUUUGUAUCAAUAUCAGUAGGGACAUUUAUUUACAUAUCUACAAUGGAGACAUUGACUGAGGAAUUUUCAAUUGCUUAAUAUAAAUGGGAAAAGUACAUAAUCUUUUUGGUUGCCAUAGCAUUUGUAUCAAGUUUAUGGUUUAUAGAAUAAGCAGUUGGUGGAGAUUGA